GAAAGAGUGUGUGAAUCUGUCUGCUCUUGGACCUCAUGUGAUCAUACUUGUACUGCAGCAGAACGACUUCAGUGACAAUAACAGACAUAGAGUGAAAUAUGUGCUGAAUGAAUUCAGUAAGGAGACUCCUAUACACACUUUAGUGUUGACUGAUGAGAAAGAGAUAAACAAUAACUGUAUUCAUCAAUUAAUAAAGGAGUGUGGAGAUGAACAUCUACAGUUUGAUGAAAGAAAAUCAGGAUUGCACUCUGAGAUACUUGAAAGAGUGGAGAAGAUACUCAAAGAAAACCAGGUCCAAUUUCUUAUCUCUGACUUGCAUGAGGAAGCAGGAGAAGAAACACCAGAAGAUGGAGAGAAGAGGAGAUCUGGAGGUUCAGUCACAGCAGAAGAAGAGGGAGAUUUUGAUCAUGAAGAUGAUGGAAAAAUCAAACAGAGAAACAUAGAGAAAAAGGAAGUCGCUGUCCAGAGGGAAACCUUGUUCAUGGCAUCCUCCAGUGGUCCAGCACUAAAUGAGGAGCUCCAGUGCUCCAUCUGUCUGGAAGUGUUCACUGAUCCAGUCACCACUCCAUGUGGACACAACUUCUGCAGAACCUGCCUGAGCGAGUGCUGGACAAACAGAAAGAUCGGCUUCUGUCCACUCUGUAAAAAAGAAUUCAGCAAAAGACUUGAUUUCAAGAUUAAUUCAACACUUGUAAAGCUUGUGCAACACUUUAAUAAGCUUAAUCAAGAAUCUAAAGUGUUCUGUGACUUUUGUGAUGAAAGAAAGCAGAAAGCUGUGAAGUCCUGCCUGAUGUGUCAAAGCUCUUACUGUGUCUCUCAUCUGGAGCUUCAUCUCAGAGUCCCAUGUCUAAAGAAACACACACUGAUCAACGCUGUGGAAAAUCUGGACGAUUAUAUAUGCCAGAAACAUGAGAGACCUCUGGAGAUGUUCUGCAGAGAUGAUCAGACGUGUGUUUGUCUGUUCUGCACUGAAGGAGAACACAGGACUCACAACACUGUUCCUAUAGAGGAGGAGAGUCGAGAGAAGAAGACACAGACAGACGAGCAGCAGAUGAUCCAGAAGAGAAUGAAGAAGAUUCAAGAGCUCAAACACUCAGUAAAGCUGAGAAAAAGAAAAAACACUGAGCUGAAGAUGAUGGAGGAACAGCAGAAAGCAGCAGAGAAACAGGCUGAAGAUCUCAUUAAAGAGCUGAAGCAGGAAAUCACUGAGCUGAAAAGUAGAAACACUGAGCUGGAGCAGCUCUCACACACUGACGAUCAUUUUCAUGUCAUACAGAUGUUCUCAUCCCUGUACAGUAUUUCACACACCAAGAUCUCUGAUGUGGACGAGAAAUCUCUGAAAAGAGCUCUGAAUCUACUGAAGGAACAACUAAAUGAAAAACUCAUUCAAACUGAGUUGAAGUUUGUGCAGAAGUUUGCAGUGGAUUUGACUCUGGAUCCUGAUACGGCACAUCCACGUCUCAUCCUGUCUGAUGAUGGAAAACAAGUCCGUCAUGGAGACAUUGACCAGGACGUCCCUGAAAACCCAAAGAGAUUUGAUUACUGGUUUUCUGUUCUGGCAAAGCAGGGAUUCAGUUCAGGGAGAUUUUACUAUGAGGUGCAGGUGAAGGGAAAGACUGAGUGGGAAUUAGGAGUGGCCAGAGAAUCCAUUGACAGGAAGGGGGGGAUCACACUGGGUCCUGAGGAUGGAUUCUGGACUGUGUUUCUGUGGAAUGAGAAUCAAUAUAAAGCUGCUGAUAAUCAAUUUGUCUCUUUAUCUCAGAGAGAGAAACCUGAGAAGGUGGGAGUGUUUGUGGAUUAUGAGGAGGGUCUGGUCUCUUUUUCUGACGUGGACUCCAGAUCUCAUAUCUACUCUUUCACUGGUCAGACUUUCACUGACAAACUCUAUCCAUUUUUUAGCCCAGGCUUUAAUGAUGAAGGUAAAAACUCAAAGCCACUGAUCAUCACACGUGUCAACUGAAACAAACUAAAAACAUCAAAUCUGAAAAGAUUAAAUAUGGAUGUGAUGUUCUUAGAAUAUGUAAAUAAAAUUAAAAAAGAAUUUGCACAAUCAAGUACAUUUUACUUACAAAUAUAAAGAAAAUUAAAAUGUGACACAAGUGCAAAAAAGAAAUAUAU